CAGAAGGUGCUGGGAGCAGCCUGGAGAGGCAGGCUGGCUGGGACAUGAGGUUGGCCAAGUGCAAACAUCCUGGCCUUUGACAGGACUCACCCUAAACACCAGUCCACUCCAAGGCCCCCACGCCAUCGGAGCUCACCAUGUUGCUGAAGGUGCCACAGACGCUACUGGCCUUACUUCUGCCCGUGCUCCUGACACAGGGAGAAGCCAGGCAUAGAGGAGGCCUCCAGGCCCAUAACACCUCCAGGCCCACUCUGCACAAGCUGUCAGAUCACCUCCUGACCAACUACAAGAAGGGUGUGCGACCCGUGCGGGACUGGAGGAAGCCAACCACCGUAUCCAUUGAUGUCAUUGUCUAUGCCAUCCUCAGCAUGGAUGAGAAGAAUCAGGUACUGACCACCUACAUCUGGUACCGGCAGUACUGGACUGACGAGUUCCUCCUGUGGAACCCUGAGGACUUCGACAACAUCACCAAGCUUUCCAUCCCCACAGACAGCAUUUGGGUCCCAGACAUUCUCAUCAAUGAGUUCGUGGACGUGGGGAAGUCUCCAGAUAUCCCAUAUGUGUAUGUCCGGCAUCACGGUGAGGUCCAGAACUACAAGCCCCUCCAGGUGGUGACUGCCUGCAGCCUCGACAUCUACAACUUCCCCUUUGAUGUACAGAACUGCUCCCUGACGUUCACCAGCUGGCUGCACACAAUCCAGGACAUCAACAUCUCCUUGUGGCGCUCACCAAGAAAAGGUGAGUUCGACAAGAGCGUCUUCAUGAACCAGGGCGAGUGGGAGCUUCUGGGGGUGCGACCCAGUUCCGGAAGUUCAGUAUGGAAAGCAGUGACUGGCUAUGCAGAAAUGAAGUUCUAAGUGGUCAUCCGCCGGCGGCCCCUGUUCUAUGUGGUCAGCCUGCUGCUGCCCAGUAUCUUCCUCAUGGUCAUGGACAUUGUGGGUUUCUACCUGCCCCCGGAGAGUGGUGAGAGGGUCUCCUUCAAGAUCACACUCCUUCUGGGCUACUCUGUCUUCCUGAUCAUUGUGUCUGACACACUGCCAGCCACUGCCAUCGGCACUCCCCUCAUUGGUGUCUACUUUGUUGUGUGCAUGGCUCUGCUGGUGAUAAGCUUGGCUGAAACCAUCCUCAUCGUGCGGCUGGUGCACAAGCAAGACCUGCAGCAGCCUGUGCCUGCCUGGCUGCGGCGCCUGGUUCUCGAGAAAGUCGCCCUGCUGCUUUGCCUAGGGGAGCAGCCAACUUCCCAUAGGUGCCCUGCCACCUCCCAAGCCACCAAGAGUGAUGAUUGCUCAGACAUGGGAAACCACUGCAGCCAUUUGGGAGGACCCAGGGACUUGGACAAGACCCUGAGGGGCAGAGGCAGCCCUCCCCCACCGCCGCGAGAGGCCUCCCUGGCUGUGCGUGGGCUGCUCCAGGAGCUGGCCUCCAUCAGGCACUUCCUGGAGAAGCGAGAGGAGAGUCGAGAGGUGGCCCGGGACUGGCUGCGCGUGGGCUCCGUGCUGGACAGGCUGCUCUUCCGAGUAUACCUGCUGGCGGUGCUGGCCUACAGUAUCACCCUGGUCACACUCUGGUCCAUCUGGCAGUAUUCCUGAUGAGUGCAGCCCAGCAGGGGGAAGGUACUGCUUAGGGUGGGGAUGGCAGAUUUCAGGGCCCAGGGAAUGCCAGAGAUAUUCUCAAAACACAUACACAGUUCCAUCCCUGUUUCCAAUGCCAAUUUAUCCCAGCAAUCCUGAACCAGGGCCUUAACUCCUCCCCCAAAACCUUAGCGUUCAAGACCCUUACAAUCUCCCCCCACCCAUCUGUCCAUUAUGGCUUUAAAACAAAUUGCCAUAGAUCAGAAGGAACCCAUGUAUCCCCUAACUUCACUCUAUAUAUCUGUGCAUUAAGCCUCAGUCUUCCCAUUGGCACCUUCCUAAAUAAGGCACUUUGGAAUUCCCCUCCUCUCCCUCGACGUUGCUUUCUGAUUGAAGGCAAACCAACUCUUUACUACUCGGGCCUGAUAACUGCAUUAGGUUCAUCCAUCUCUAAUGUCUCCUUCUUCACCUCACCUGUAACUACUUCCCUGAACACUCAUGUGUCAUCAGAUGGUGGG